AUGCUGACCGAUCUGCUCCCGCAUUUGAAAUGUUGUCUGUGCGACGUCUUGAUGUCGCCGAUUGGUAGAGCCCCCACCUGUCUCGACUGUGGCCAUGUGUUCUGCUCGCCGUGUGUUGAGGAGAGCAGAUCGUUUUGCCCGAUUUGUCGUCUUCAAAGCUACCGUGCUCCACUGUGUCGGCCCAUGGCGGGUGCGUUUUUUUUUUGUUGGCUUUAGCCAAAAAAUCCGACAUUUCCUGGUGAUUUUCAACCGAAAAAGUCCGAAAUUUCUCGAUCAUUUUCAACCGAAAAAACCUGGGUUUCGGGGUAGAGAUGCCUCUACUUCAGAAGGUCGUAGCGACCUCAGUUUGCACUUUAAAACCUUGUUAUUUCUUAGACAAAAACUUAUGUCUUUUAAAAAUACAUAUUUCAAAUACGAAGUCUCUGCGCCGCCUCCGCCGGAAGUUAUAGCCUUCCACUUUCCUUCACGUUUUUUGUAAGACCCUGUAUUAGUCUGUCGGGAAAAUAAUGAGCACAACAUCGCUGCGGCAUCGCUUUGCUGAAUUGAAAAGCAAUUUGAUUUUUUCGCGACACAAUGGAUUCUUUCGAUAGCGAUGCGAUUUCUGAUGCGACAGGGUGCCCAUUAUUUUCCCGACAGACUGAAAAAAUAAAUAUUUGCAACUAGCAGAAAAUAAUUCUGUCUUAUUUGAAAUAUUUUUAGCCAUCCUCGAGCUCUACCACGGGAAUGUUUCGGGUCGUGAAGCGCCUCCACAACCAUCACCCCUGCCCACGGAGAUCCAUCUCGAAGACGUGGCAACUCCACAAUCGCAAAGCGAAGAAGACGUCGAUAGCGCCGUGGAGGACGUCGCCAAUCCCAAUAUUAUCUGUGGCCGGCACAAUUUGGCAAGGUAUGAUGUGGACCGCUUCUACGUCGUCAAAGUGCUGCACGCCGGAGUUCACGUCGAUCUUCCGCAGUUGCACAAUAUUUUCCCAGGUAAUGAAAAUACGAGCGGGCAAAAACAUUUGGUCCGAAGAGGGAACGUUGAGGAGAAAUGAUGGGGUAAAAGGGGACCAGGCGGAUUUUUUUAGAAUAAUUUUUUUGGUAUGUCAACAAAGUGAUGUGGUUAGAGGGGACCCCAGCGGAUUUUUUUAAGAUAUCUUUUUUGGUAUGACAAAAAAAUUAUGUGGAUUUUCGAUGCGACAGUGCUCGUUAUUUUCCCGACGGUUGAGCCUGCACUCUCCCCCUUUUCUGAACUUUCCCCCAAUCUGAACCCCUUUUUGAACACUCCCCCAUUUUGAAAAUUGAAAAAACGAGGUGUGACAUGUUAUACGAUGGAUUUUUUUUUCAAAUUGAAAAAACGGGGUGUGACAUGUUAUACGAUGAAAAUGUUUUUCAAACUAAGAAAUAUGAGGUGUGACAUCUUAUACGAUGAAAAUUUUUUUCAAAUUGAGAAAAAUGAGGUGUGACAUCUUAUACGAUGAAAAUUUUUUUCAAAUUGAAAAGAAUAAGGUGUGACAUCAAAAAGGGCUAGAGUUCAGAAAAGGGGUAGAGUUCUGCCGCAGCGUUUCCCGGCAGCCUGAUAAUACGUUCAUACGUUUUUUAGGUAGUGUAUUCGCGUUCGCGUACAAAGCCACGGACCAGAAGGGCUACAGAACCGGGAACAUCGUCAUUGGGCUGUUCACUGAGGAAGAGAGACUCCGAAUUUUCUCAUGCGAUGGGAAAUUUUUUGCCGGCAGAAUUCUCAAAGGUAAAUUUUUGAUCGCUACCUUGAAUUAUUACAAAUUAUUUUCCAGUCGUGCUCACCAACUCUCCCGCGUUGCCCAUUCUCCAAGCGAGUUUUUGCAAUUCCGCCGUCCUCGUCGAAAACAUCCCCUUCCUGGAGGCGAUGGAUUGUCUGGAAGAGCUGGUCGAUCACAUCGAAGGAACCGCUUCUCUGAGGGUGGGACGUGGCCCCAAUAAACAUCUCGGUGCGAUCCAUCUGCACGACUUCCGCGACGUCCGACCGGUAUUGGAGAAGAAUGGGAUCGUUCUGUUCCGAAAGCGCUUGACUCUGACCCCCAUUUCCCUGGCCCAGUUCAGCCAUUUCGAGACCUACUCAUCUUAUCUUUAA